UUUCAUUCAGCAUUUAAAGAUCUAUACUUGCUCAAAAUCUCUCACUCACUCUCUCUCUCUCUCUCUCUCUCUCUAUACUAGUUCAGGCUUAAAGCUUCCGGGUCGUGGCCUGUGAUCCCGUUGUUUCUGGGUCUCCAGCAGCUUAACUUUCCGGCGAGAUUUGGCUGGAGAAUGGCAUAUAUGUGCGCUGACAGUGGAAAUCUAAUGGCAAUUGCCCAACAAGUUAUCAAGCAAAAACAGCAGCAAGAGCAACAGCAGCAGCAGCAUCACCACCACCAGCAACAGCAACUAUUAGGCCUUAAUUCUUUCCCUUUAAAUCCCUGGCCUCCUACAAUGUCUACUAGUCCCAAUCUGGGUUAUACUGGGAUCGCCGCUGCCGGUUUCACCGACCCCUUUCAGGUUCCCUCUGGCGGAGAUACGGGAGAACCUGGGUUUCAGUUCCCCCAGAUGGAGCACCACUCCACUGGCUUCAGGUUUUCGGAUUUCAGUGCUGGAGCAUCUGCUGAGUUCGAUUCGGACGAGUGGAUGGAUAGUUUGAUGGGCGGUGGAGACUCAACGGAUAGUUCGAAUCUACCCUCUAGUUGCGACGCGUGGCAAAACAAUGCUGAUUUUAGUCUCUACUGUCCUGAUCCAUUUGCCACCUGCCCAACGCGUCUCAGCGUGGCUUGCCCUUCGCCGUCCGAUCUCAACAGAGCCAUAUUCACAGAAACCCAGAAAAGCCCUAACCCACUUCAAGUCCAAGCCUGGGGUCCAUCUCCACCACCUCCUCCUCCGCAAGUGGUGGUGAAAGACACCAAGCUAGCCAAUCCUCCUCCACCAUCGACACUAAAAAACGAAGGAGUUGGUGCCUCUUCUAGUUCACCAGAAAUUGAGUCAGCACCAGCGCUCUUGAAAGCACUACUCGAGUGUGCUCGACUCGCUGAGUCAGAACCUGAGAAAGCAGUGAAAUCGCUGAUUAAGGUCAGGGAGUCGGUAUCCGAACAAGGAGAUCCAACUGAGAGAGUGGCCUUUUACUUCACCGAAGCUUUAUAUGGCAGAGUUUCUCUACAAGCAGAUAAAAGCUUGACCAUGUUCGAUACUACCUGCGAGGACUUCACUCUCUCUUACAAAGCGUUAAACGAUGCAUGUCCUUAUUCGAAGUUUGCUCAUUUAACAGCGAACCAGGCAAUACUCGAGGCCACGGAGAGGGCAAGCAAGAUUCACAUAGUCGAUUUCGGGAUCGUUCAAGGCGUUCAGUGGGCUGCUCUUUUACAAGCUCUGGCUACUCGCUCUGCCGGAAAACCUGCAAGAAUUCGGAUCUCUGGUAUACCUGCUCCAGUUCUGGGAAAAUCUCCAGGGGCUUCUCUGUUUGCCACUGGAAAUAGGCUUCGUGAUUUUGCAAAGCUUCUAGAUUUGAACUUCGAGUUCGAGCCGAUACUGACUCCAAUUCAUGAGUUGAACGAAUCCAGUUUCCGGGUUGAUCCUGAUGAGGUUUUAGCAGUAAAUUUCAUGCUUCAGUUGUAUAAUUUACUGGACGAGACUCCAGUUGGUGUAGAGACUGCUCUAAGGAUGGCUAAAUCGUUGAACCCGAAGAUUGUUACUUUAGGCGAGUAUGAAGCGUGUUUGAAUCGGAUUGGGUACGUAAACCGAUUCAAAAACGCUCUGAGAUACUACUCUGCUCUGUUUGAAUCUCUUGAGCCGAACUUGAGCAGAGACUCACCAGAGAGACUCCAAGUUGAGAAAUUGUUACUGGGUCGCAGAAUUGCUGGUGUUAUUGGGCCAGAGGAAGCGGGAACUAGAAGGGAACGUAUUGAGGAUAAAGAGCAGUGGAGGAUUUUGAUGGAAAGUUGUGGUUUUGAAUCAGUUGCACUUAGCCAUUAUGCCAUGAGUCAGGCUAAGAUACUUUUGUGGAACUACAAUUACAGUUCUUUGUAUUCUUUGGUAGAAUCUCAACCUGGGUUUCUGUCUCUAGCCUGGAAAGAGUUGCCACUGCUCACUGUUUCUUCAUGGCGUUGAUGGAUCAUGGAUUUGCCUUGCUUUGGUAUUAGUUUCCACCUGGUAUUUUUUCUCUGGUGUGGAACAAAUUAGUGUUUAUACGUCAUUGAUGGGUGCUUCUUGAACAGAUUUGAAACCAGUCUUGGCCUAGUAAUAGUUUGUUUAUUUUUAACUGCAAUUAUUAUGCAUUUGGAAACUCUUUUAAGCUCUCUGGGACAAAUGAAUCACUCUUAGUUGUUAGUUUUGAGUUUGUUCUUUAGAUAUAAGGUGUUCUUUUACUUUUGUUGGGUUAUUGUUUUGAAACUUGGAGUACAACAAAUUGUAAAAUCAGAAGAAGGGAAAUGAAAAUUCAAGGAGACAGGAAAGUUUCUUUCCCUUAAAUGUUUGCAACUCUGUACAUAUUUUAAUCUCUGAUAUGAAUUUUUAGUUUUCUUUGCUC